AUGGUGUACGUCGUUGAGUUGGAUGAAAUUAGGAAGUUAAAGCCGAGCUCCUUAUGGUUUGGGUCGCGCUGGCAGCUGGACGCUCACCCCAUCACAAUUGCAGGGCUAUUGAAGGCUUUCGAGAACCAUGAUUCGGCAGCGGAAAACAAGGGGGAAGAGACUGCUUUACAAAAGUUGAGUUUCCAGGACGUUUCUUACUGUUCUAGAAAUCGACUAAGACAUUAUCGUACUCGUACAGAAUUGUUCGUUCCACUACCGGAUUAUAAGUACAGAGCGGACUGUGCCAAACUCACCGAGUCAUCACUCGAUUUUGUCAUCAAGGGAGAAGAGGUCCUCGUUCUAGAGCCAAAGACGAGCAGGCAAGAUAAGGCGCUGAAAGCGACUGUUCUUCGUCUCGCCGCCUGGCACCGAGAUCAAUGGGAAGAAGUUUAUUUCGUAAUGAACGACCAGUCUGUAAUGAACGACCAGUCUGUAAUGAACGACCAGUCUGUAAUACCGACCAGUCUCUAA